UCUUUAUCAAAUUACGUAAUCCCAAUUGGAAUGGGGAUUUCUUUAUAGUUAGACUUGAGCCACAAGUACCAAGUUACUUAUCAAAUUAUCUAAUCCCAAUUGAAAUAGAGAUUUCUUUGCCGCCUCUUCUCUUCUGAUUCUUAGGCAAAAUACAAUUAAUCAGUUUCAUAAUUUCCUUUUCUCCAAUUCUGCAAAUUCUUUUUGAUCAUUAAGCCCUGCAUUCUUUUCAUUCCAAGAUUAGUUUCAAGAGAGAGUUGUUCUUAAUGGCGGCUGAUAUAGAGUUAGCCAGUACCCAAGUUUCGCGUUCUUCUAGUCCCAGGCACCCUCUCGGCUGUCUCCAUUCUGGUUCUGGGUCUGGCAUUGUUCCUACUAUUGAGAAUGUGGUGUCGACUGUGAACUUGGGUUGCAAGCUGGACCUCAAAGCCAUUGCCCUUCAUUCUCGAAAUACUGAACACAAACCGCAAAAGUUUGCUGCGGUGAUGAUGAGGAUAAGGUCAACCAAUACCACUGCUCUCAUAUUCUCUUCUGGAAAGAUGGUUUGCACUGGAGCCAAAACCGAGCAACAAUCCCACUUGGCCGCCCGUAAGCAUGCUCGGAUCAUCCAAAAACUUGGUUUUGAUGUUAAGUUUAAGGAUUUCAAGAUUCAAAACAUGGUUGCCUCUUAUGAUUUUACAUACCCUUUAAAUCUUACACGCCUUGGGAAUUCUCAUAGCGAGGUUUCAAUAUACGAGCCAGAGUUGUUUCCAGGAUUCAUUUAUUGGAUAUAACAACCCCAAAUUAAGGUCAUGGUUUUUGCUUCGGGAAAGAUUGCUAUUGCUGGAGGGAAGAGAGAGGAUAUUUUAAAGGCAUUUGAGAACAUAUAUCCAAUUCUCAUGUCUUUCAGAAUAGACAAGCGAAACUAUUUUUGAAGAAGACCUGACAGAGUUCUUGGAGAAGAAGAUC